UAUGAAUCUACUUAUCCACCAAACCCUACACAAAACUGUUUCUCCACCUUUAACCUUUCAAAUUCAGUAGAUAGGGCAAGGCCAGCUUUCCCUAUCUUUAUCAAAUACCCUUUUCUCCACUGUCCAUUCAUUACUCAAUUUUUUCCAAUGGCUUGCUCUGCUUCUUCUUCAACUGCUCUUCUUUCUUCCACUUCUAGAGCUUCCAUUUCCCCCAAAUCACACAUUUCUCAAUCAAUAUCUGUUCCUUCUGCUUUUAAUGGACUUCGCAAUUGCAAGCCCUUUGUUUCUCGUGUAGCUCGUUCAAUCUCUACUCGCGUUGCUCAAUCACAACGCCGUCGUUUUGCUGUCCAUGCCUCUAGUGAACUCCCACUUGUUGGAAAUCAAGCACCAGACUUUGAGGCUGAAGCUGUCUUUGAUCAAGAAUUCAUCAAGGUUAAACUAUCCGAGUACAUCGGGAAGAAAUACGUGAUUCUCUUUUUCUACCCACUAGACUUCACAUUUGUUUGCCCUACAGAGAUCACUGCUUUCAGUGACCGUUAUGAAGAAUUUGAAAAGCUGAACACAGAAGUAUUGGGUGUUUCCGUAGACAGUGUGUUCUCCCACCUUGCAUGGGUCCAAACUGAGAGGAAGUCUGGUGGUCUAGGUGAUCUGAAUUAUCCAUUAAUUUCUGACGUAACGAAGUCAAUUUCAAAAUCAUACAAUGUACUGAUCCCUGAUCAGGGUAUUGCAUUGAGAGGACUUUUCAUCAUUGACAAGGAGGGAGUUAUUCAACAUUCAACCAUUAACAAUCUUGGAAUUGGGAGGAGCGUUGAUGAAACAUUGAGAACUCUUCAGGCGUUGCAAUACGUUCAGGAGAACCCAGACGAAGUGUGCCCAGCCGGAUGGAAGCCCGGGGAGAAAUCCAUGAAGCCUGAUCCCAAGGGCAGCAAAGAGUACUUUGCAUCCAUAUGAGGGAAUGGAUGAGAUUGCUUUUAUCUAAUUUGUUGUUUACAGAAGGUGGAGAGAAUACUUCUCUGUAACAUUUUUCUAAGGUACUGGUUGAGUUUUGGCAUUUUUGAGAAUAAAUAUGUGCACUCAUGUAUUCUGCCUUUGAAGACCAUUACCUUAAAAUAACGUCACAAUCCAA